CAUAAAUUGCUCUAAAUCGCUCAUCGAAGCCACAGUGAGACACAGAGAGAGAGAGAGAGAGAAUGGGAUCUUUCCUCUCAAGCUUGCUUGGAGUGGGCGCGACGAACGAGGCGGCUCCGUCGGCUUCGGAGGGUCCCGGGAUCAUGUCGUUCCACUCCUCCGCCCGAUGGCAGCUCCACUUCAACAGCUCCAAAGAAUCCUCCCAACUCACGGUGAUUGAUUUCGCUGCUGCCUGGUGUGGGCCGUGCAAGUUCAUGGAGCCCGCCGUGCACGGCAUGGCCACCAAGUUCUCCGACGUCGUCUUCGCCAAGAUCGAUGUCGAUGAAUUACCUGAUGUGGCGCAGGAGUUUCAGGUGCAGGCGAUGCCCACGUUUGUGUUGGUGAAGAAGGGGAAGGAGGUGGACAGGGUGGUUGGGGCCAAGAAGGAUGAGCUUGAGAAGAAGAUUGAGAAGCACAGAGCUCUCCAGGCCUCUUCUUGAUUGUUCUGAUUAUUUGCUUUAUCUCUUUCUUUCAGUUUGUACCUCUCAGUUUCCAUAAAUUCCAUUAUAGUUAUGAUGAUGAUGAUGAUGAUGAUGAUGGUUUUAAUUAAUUUGGUGAGAAAAUGAUGAACACUUCUUAUUACGAUUCCUAUAACUAUAGUUUCCCUUAA